AUUUACUUUUUUUUUUUGUCGUUCUCUCUAUCUUUUUUUUCUUUCUUUCUUGAAUAUAAAUAUAAUUUAGAUGCAACAAAGUCGACUCACAAAGGAAGAAUAUCGUCAAGCCAAGGAUCUGGAUGCAGCACGUAAAGCGGGUACAGCUCCUGCCGAAGUGGAUGACGAAGGCAACGAAAUCAAUCCUCACACCCCGCAAUUCAUGUUGAAAGCUCCAUGGUACGUUGAUAACGGUAAAGUCUCUUUAAAGCAUCAAAAGGCACCCGAAAAGCGUUCUGGACCAAAGUUCACUGCCGACGACAAUUAUUGGUACGCAAGAGGAAAAAGAGCUGGUCCUGCUGCAACAAAAUACCGUAAAGGCGCUUGUGAGAAUUGUGGUGCCAUCACACACAAGACGAGAGAUUGUGUUGAACGUCCACGUAAAAAGGGAGCUAAAUGGACAGGAGAGAACAUCAAGGCCGAUGAGAUUGUGCAAGAAGUAGAUUUAGAUUGGGACGAGAAGCGGGAUCGCUGGAACGGUUAUGAUCCUAAAGAGCACGAUAAAGUCAUUGAGGAAUACAGCAAGAUUGAAGAGGCAAGGAGACAGGCCAAGGCUUCAGAGUUGGAUAAACAAGGUCCUACCACCACAUCUGAGGCCAAAAAGAUUGCUGGUUUAUCUGACGAUGAAGAUGAGGAUGAUGAUGAUAAAUAUGCCGAUGCUGCUGAUAUGCCUGGUCAACACGUCAACCAAAAGACAAGAACUACCAUUCGUAACCUGAGAAUCCGUGAAGAUACCGCCAAAUAUCUGUUAAACCUCGAUACAGACUCUGCAUUCUACGAUCCCAAAACACGUUCGAUGCGUGAUAACCCAUUAGAUAACCAAACAGAGGAAGGCAUUGAUUUCUCUGGAGACAAUUUUGUAAGAUACACAGGUGAUGCACCACAGAUGGCUAAAGUCCAAAUGUUUGCAUGGCAAGCAUCUGAACGAGGUAAUGAAGUUCAUCUUCAAGCGAAUCCUACACAAGUGGCUAUUCUUCACAAGGAAUAUGAAUCCAAGAAAGAUCAAGUACGUGAUACAACACAAAAGAGUAUUCUUGAGAAAUAUGGUGGUGAAGAGUACCUGGAGGCACCUCCCAAGGAAUUAUUAUUGGCCCAAAGUGAAAAUUAUGUGGAAUACUCUAGAACCGGUAGAGUUAUUAAAGGUCAAGAGAGAGCAAAGGCCAAGUCGAAAUACGAAGAAGAUGUAUUUGUCAAUAAUCAUACGACAGUAUGGGGAUCCUACUGGUCUGAAGGCAAAUGGGGUUACAAGUGUUGUCGUUCUAAUAUGAAGAACAGUUAUUGUACAGGUCAAGCAGGUAUUGCGGCACAACAAGCGUCUGUAUUGAUCAAAUAAAAUUUCCAUUUAUGGACAUUGAAAAUAAAUAAAUAAAUAAGACCAUGCACUUAUUUUAUUUUCCCACCUC